GCUUUCUUUUCUUCCUUGUUAUUCAUCGCUUUCCUCCACUGCAACAAUAGCAUUUGAACUCCGUGUUCUUCAAGAUGACUGUCCAGAAAAACACUGCUUGUCCUUCCAAGAUGCCCUCUGCCAUCUUUCUCGACUCUGGCGGGGUCAUCAAUGACAACGCGCAGCGUGCUCCUCAAUGGAUCCGCUAUCUUGGAGAGUUCCUGCCCACGACCGUUCUCGGAGGGACCGCAGAGGUCUGGGGUAUGGCCAAUGUCCAGGUCAUCAGGCCCUUCUUCCGCCGCUGGGGAGAUUUCAUGAUCCAAGCACAUGUCGAGGCAGGGCUGGCCCAGGCCAAUGCGAUCCAAGCCGGCAAAGAUGCGGACCAGGUUCGGAGCGGUUGUGAUAAGGAGACGAAUGUGUACACGGUCUUUGAGAGGAUCCACCUUUUAGUAUGGAUCGAGGAGAUGGUCCAACUGGCAGCACCUCAUGUCCCUGGACUGAUGCUGGUCUGGGAAAACCUAUCAGUGGAUGAUGCGUUCCAGAUUGCGAGGUCCGCACAUUUGUAUGCGAUCCAGCGGGUCAAGGCCGAUUAUCCGGGUGCUGUGGAUACGAUUCGGAGUCUGAGCAUGGGCCCGUACAAGUUAUACACGAGUUCUGCGGACAGUUCAGAGGAUCUGGAGAUCGUUCUCAAGGGACUCGGGGUCUUCGAAUGUUUUGAUGCGGUCUAUGGAUCUGACAGGGUGAACUGCUUAAAAAUGUCGCCUCUGUAUUAUACAAGGGUGUUCGAUCAAGUCGGGGUACACGUGGUUGAACGCGAUGCAGAGGGGAACGCUGAGAGGAUGGAUAGCGGAGAUGAAGUUGUGGUGUUGGAUGAUAAUGUGAAGGCGCUUUCGUGGGCGCGUAGCUUGGGGGCGAGGACCGUGUUGAUCACAGGAGAGGAGCUGGAUCUGUCGUUACGACAGUAUCGGGGCGUUGUUGAUUACCAGCUCAGGUCGUUGGCAGAACUGCCGGCGCUGUUGGAGUCGUGGAGGGCUCAACUUGAGGGAGCUCGUUCCUGAGAAGAGGAAAAUAAUGUAGAUCUUUGAAAUAAAAGGACAAU